GCUUUCGGGCUUUGGCUCCGGGGCCUGCCUCGUCUCCUUCUACCUGCGCGUGGGCGGGGGGAUCUUCUCGAAAGGCGCGGACUUGGGCGGCGACCUGGUUGGUGAGAUGAGCGAGUCGAAGUUUGAUGAAGAACGGCGUGUCUUCGAGCUGCAGCAGCGCAUGGAGAACAUCGCGAACACGCGAAAAGAGCGUCUGCAGAAAGGCUUGGAGGACGACGAGGAGGAAGCCUUAGAUCAACUGCGCCUCUUGGAGGAGGAGAUGCAAGAUAUCUGUGCAGAUCUCCAUCCCAUUGACUUUUUGGAUGAGAUUGGAGAGGUUAUAUGUGAUGUGACCGGGACUUGUGCUGAUCUCUUUGAAUCCAUGGUGUUGAUCCUCAGCACAUCCGCCAUCAUCGGAGCGAAGAUAUCAGCGGUGCCGCAUUUUCUGACGGGCCUCCCCUUCUGGAUUGUGGCCUCCGGAAACAUAGGAUGCGCCGUGGCAACUUUCAAAGUGCAUUGCACAGAAA